UAUUGUUUGUUCCUACUAAAUUACAAAAGAAGAUUGAAGUAGUUUUUUCAAGAUAUCAAAAAUGGAGUGUUCGCUGCAGAAGCAGCUUCUCAACAACGGAGAUAUGCUCUUUACAUCUCGAAAAAACAGACGAGUUUGGAUUGAACAGUAUCAAGUAAUAGAUUCUCUUCUCGCAAACUCAAUAAACAUGUUUCAUAAUCCUAUAAGUUGUCCAAUAUUGUCUACAAGAAAGAGCAAAAACCAUUCGAGGGUUUUUGCAACAAGGAGAAGAAGGGUGCAUUCGAACUCGGACACGUACGUACUAUUAGAGGCAGGACAAGAUGAGCAGUUUGUGUCGGAAGACGAACUCAAGGCUAAGCUCAGAGGGUGGCUAGAGAACUGGCCGGUGGAGCAUUUGCCACCUGACCUGGCUAGGUUCGAUGACCUUGAUGAAGCCGUCGAUUUCUUGGUUAAAGCUGUAUGUGAACUUGAAAUUCAUGGAGAAGUAGGUUCUGUUCAAUGGUACCAAGUUCGUCUUGAGUAAAUACAUAAACGUAUAAUGUCUUUUAAUUUUUAUUUUAAUGUAAUAAGAACAUUUUUCUUGAACUAGUAGAUUGUUUUGAUCUUUAAUACAUUUCCUUGAACAUGCUAAAUAAUACUAAAGUUGUCUU